CCCAAAAUGACCAACCCCCCCAAGGAAGCCCCCACAACAACCAGCCCCCUCCCCAACUACACCCGCCACAUAACCACCCACUCGGACCAGCAACUCGCAACCAUCCACUCCACCACCCAGGGAGCCUGGACGCCCGUGGAAGCCAACACCUUCGCCUUCAGCGUCGCCUACACCACCUCGCGCUUCCCGGCGACGCUCACCGGCGACGCCGACCUCCGCGCCCACGAGGCCCUGCUGGCGAGCAACACCCUGGGGCUGGUCAACCCCGGCGGCACCGUGUGCCGGGUGGUGGACUUCGCCCCCGGCAAGCCGCCGCUGAUGCACCGCACGCGCAGCCUGGACUACGGGAUCGUGCUGGAGGGGGAGAUCGAGAUGGUGCUGGACUCCGGGGAGACGCGGCGCCUCAAGCGGGGCGACAUUGCCGUGCAGCGGGGCACGAUGCAUGCGUGGCGUAAUCCCCAGCCGGCCGGGUGGACGAGGAUGGUCUUCGUGUUGCAGGAUUGCGAGGCGGUCGCGGUGGGCGGGGUGGUCUUGGGGGAGGAUUUGGGGGGCGCGGGGGUUGGGAGGUAG